GCAUAGUGAACUCGACUGAGGGACCGUUCAAAGGGACUAUUAUCUACCGGCUGUUAAAAUGGCUUUACAAUUCAAAGAUGUCUUUUGGGGAGUGGACUUCAUCAGCAACAUGGGAUAUGAAGCCAUAAUUCAGAGACUUUGUGAUGGCCGACGGACAUGCAAGGACGUUGAAGAACUGCUGAAGAUGAGGGCAUCCGCAGAAGAGAAAUAUGGAAAGGAAUUGGUCACUAUCGCGAGGAAAACUGGAGGCAUUUAUGAAAUCAACACCUUAAGAAAAUCCUUUGAUGAAGUGAAAACACAAAUUGAGAGGAUUGGUCUCUUUCACCUCCACCUCUCUGGGAUGCUGAAGGAGGAGGCGAAGAGCAUGGAGACACACAGAGAGCAGCAGAAAGAGCAGAAGAAGAAGUUGGAAUUACUCAUGGACAAGGUCCAGAAAACAAAAGUAUGCCUGUUUAAAAAAACAAUGGAGUCCAAAAAAUCCUAUGAGCAGCGAUGCAAAGAGGCUGACGAGGCCGAGCAGGCGGCUGUCAAGAUUGGCAAUGCUGCUGCAGCCACAGCCACACCCAAACAGACAGAAAAGCUACAGAACAAAUCAAAGCAGUGCAGGGAAGUGGCAGAAGAAGCUGAGAAACAAUACGUUUCAAACAUCGAACAGCUUGACAAGAUUCGUCAAGAAUGGGAAUUGACACAUGUGACUACGUGUGAGGCUUUCCAGCAGAUGGAAGAGGAGCGCAUCACCUUUGUAAGGAAUGCCUUCUGGAUUCACAGCAAUCAACUGUCCUUGCAAUGCGUCAAAGAUGAUGAGUGUUACGAGGAUUUGAGGAUCACACUGGAAAAGUGUGCCAUCGUUGAAGACAACGACUGCUUUAUGGACAUGAAACGCACAGGGCCAAAUCCACCUGCCCCAAUCCAAUUUGAGAAUUACUACGAAAGGCAAACAGCAGACAACGGCGAUCCUGCUGGCUUUGUUGGCGUCAUGAAAAGGUUCACAACUCUACUGCAAGGGAGCGCUCUGUGUUCCCCGAAAACAAACGGCAUUGAGCCAGUGACGCAGUCUAAAGAAGAUGCAGAAGGUGUAUAUGCCUCGAUUCCAGGAUUUCCAAAAGAGCCGACGAGCGCAGAGUUGAGCGGGGAGUUGAGCGGAGAGUUCAGCGAGCAGUUCAAGGCUCUGUACGACUACGUGGCUCAGGGGGAAGACGAGCUGUCGAUGGCGGCCGGGGAUGUGGUGGUGGUGAUCGAACAGGGCGACGACGGCUGGUGGACAGCGGAGAGGAACGGCCGCUCUGGACUGGUUCCAGGGUCUUAUCUCACCCAGGAAUGAGGUCAACUCAACUUGCUUUAUUCACGAAGGGCCAUGGUCUCUGAAGGGGAAGUGAGGCCGUUAUCGACUUUUUAUUGGAAAAAGGAAACGUUACAUUUCACAAUGUUGUGGUGUGUGUGCUUUAAAUAUGCUUUCCCUUUUUUAAUCUUUACUGACUCAAUAUUAUCAUGAUGUGUCUGCUUUAUCUGUGCGUUCUGGUUAUCCAAGUAUAAGAAAAAGUUAUUUAUUUGUGUUAUAGAUAUUGGUAUUAUUAUGCUUUACAUUGCUGUAUCCUCUUGCAGGUCUGCUGAUGUAUGUUGUUGACAAUGACCAUAUCAUGGCAAGUCGGGUUUUAACCGUCUAAUAUUAUCUUUUUGAGCGCAAAGCUUGGUUUUGUCAUUGUGCCAAAAUGUAUCUCUGUUAACAAUAUGUAUGGCGUACAAAUAAAAUCAGUUUGAGGCUUUCCUAAGGGGUUCCCCAUUGAUGAGUCCAUCAAGACAGGCAGAGAGUUGCACAUGAACACGCACACACAGACACACGCACACACGUUGAGCGUUCAAUGGUUACCAUUGUGAAGUGUGGUUGUGUUGCUGGUAAGCGUUUUACACACAGAGACUUUCCUACAUUUUAUUUACAUUCUUGUGUUUUCAAACGCUACAAGUCAGGAAAUUAAAUUCUACAGCUUUUAUUGGAAGGCUGAUGAAACAAACUAUAUGGACAAAAUACUAUACUUGUAUGCCCUCUAUGGAGAUAUAUUGAUACAAUAGUGUUCUUUGAGACAUGUUGAAGCAACAACGGAAACCACAAUUUCAAAAUAAUUUGUUCAAACUAAAUGAUUAGUUAAGACUAGUCUUACCUAGAAAUUAACACCUCACUCACCGUCAGUGAGACUGAAUGAUCCACACUUUACACUUUAAGAGGCCAAAAAAAAAGAAUGGUUCUCCCCUUUGGUUGUUGGAGAAUACAAUUCUAGACAGAAACCAACUCUAUUUGCAUGUUAAAAGGAGUGUGUUUGUAAGUGUAUGUACAACUUCUUCACCCAUAUGUUUCUCCGGUGAUGAGACGGUCAUAGUUCGAUGCAGGCCUUCUUUGACACAGAACGGCACAAGCACACAGAAUGCCCAGCAUCUGUAAAAGACAGACACAAAUCACAUCACAAGUUUUCUGUUUUGUUGAAUUCUAAUUACAUAGUUGAACCAAUCCAUAUGUAUAGUUAACUUGUAAAGAUGCCUCAAUGAAACUAGACACUCAACUUACAUACAAAAAAAUGCAGCAAAGUCAUGAAUGAUUAUUCCAAUCACAGGAUGGAAUAAACUGAGAUGAUAGCAGGAUGAGGAGAAACUAAUUAGAAUGAUGUCAUGUCAUUUCAAAAUGGACGUCUCUUUUUAGAACGUAUACAGCUUGUGUCUGCCGGUCAGUACAGGCAGAUGUUUAUAAGAGCCUA